ACAGGCAGAGGGAGUUCUGACGACAUGGAGGAGACAGCCUGAGAGCUAGCAGUUCAUUCCCGUGGAAACCACGUGUCCCUCAGUGCAGGCAGCUCUUCCUACUUUGCUGUGUGAUUUCUUUUGUGUGACUUCGAGAGGGGCUUGUGAAUGAUUUCUAAAUGUGUGCCUCGCUGAGGCAAGCUGCCUGGGGAGAGAGUAACCCUGCCAAGCGAGGACAGAGGAAGCCAACAGGAACCUCGCAGUGCUGGAACUGGCUCGACCCUUACAUGCAGGUUUUUAAAUCGGCAAAACAGAAAUCAAAUUACUGUCAUAUUGUACUGGUGGAAGCUCAAGGGACUCUCUACCAGUGAAUGAUGAUGAGAGAUGCAGAACAGCGGUGUGUCUAAUGUGUGGACUCUGAAGACAAAUGAUCACAUUUUUUCUCCCCGAAUGCUCAAAACUCUGCAACCUCCAUGUUUGAAGUUCAUUCUGCCUUUUUGACCUUGCUUUGGAGGAAAAAAAUGAAACCAAGCAGAGGACUCUACAAAUAUUAUGAAUGAAUGGAAUAUACAGAAAGAGCCACUGCAGUUCUUUAACUACUACUGCAAUCAUGACAGGGGAAAAGCCAGCCAAGGAGCCCAGCAUGUACACCAGCUUCAGUGACAGAGUGUGAGGACACAAAAAUGGAUGGUGAGCAGAGCCUAUAACUUGUUAAUAUUUCUACACUUCAUCUACUGCAAGUUCCAGCUUAGAAAUGGAUAUGCUUUGUAAAGGAAACACUUCUUUGAGCUCAAGUACAAACUCCUUAAUGCACCGAAAUGAAGGCACAAGACUCUACAAUAAUAACAUUAACUCUGGAGAAGCUAACACUUCAGAUGCAUUUAAUUGGACAGUGCACUCGGAAAAUCGAACCAACCUUUCCUGUGAGGAUUGUCUCUCGCCACCAUGCUUCUCUUUACUUCAUCUCCAGGAAAAGAACUGGUCUGCUUUGUUGACAGCUAUAGUGAUUAUUCUAACUAUUGCUGGAAACAUACUCGUCAUCAUGGCAGUGUCCCUAGAGAAAAAGCUGCAGAAUGCCACCAACUACUUCCUGAUGUCACUUGCCAUAGCUGAUAUGCUGCUGGGUUUCCUUGUCAUGCCCGUGUCCAUGCUAACCAUCCUCUAUGGUUACCAGUGGCCUCUGCCUAGCAAGCUCUGUGCAAUCUGGAUUUACCUGGAUGUGCUCUUCUCCACGGCCUCCAUCAUGCACCUCUGUGCCAUCUCGCUGGACCGCUACGUCGCCAUCCAGAACCCCAUCCAUCAUAGCCGCUUCAAUUCCAGAACUAAGGCAUUUCUGAAAAUAAUUGCUGUUUGGACUAUAUCAGUAGGUAUAUCAAUGCCAAUCCCAGUCUUUGGGCUACAGGAUGAUUCCAAGGUCUUUAAGGAAGGGAGUUGCUUACUCGCGGACGAUAACUUUGUCCUGAUCGGCUCUUUCGUGUCAUUUUUCAUCCCCUUAACCAUCAUGGUGAUCACCUACUUUCUCACUAUCAAGUCACUCCAGAAAGAAGCUACUUUGUGUGGGGGUGACCUUGGCACACGGACCAACUUAGCUUCUUUCAGCUUUCUUCCUCAGAGUUCCCUGUCUUCAGAAAAGCUCUUCCAGCGGUCAAUCCACAGGGAGCCAGGUGCCUAUGGCAGGAGGACCAUGCAGUCUAUCAGCAAUGAGCAAAAAGCUUGCAAGGUGCUGGGCAUCGUCUUCUUUCUGUUUGUGGUCAUGUGGUGCCCCUUCUUCAUCACGAACAUAAUGGCCGUCAUCUGCAAAGAGUCCUGCAACGAGGACGUCAUCGGAGCCCUGCUCAACGUGUUCGUUUGGAUCGGUUACCUCUCCUCAGCAGUGAACCCCCUGGUGUACACCCUGUUCAACAAGACCUACAGGUCAGCUUUUUCCCGGUAUAUUCAGUGUCAGUACAAGGAAAAUAAAAAACCAUUACAGUUAAUUUUAGUGAACACUAUCCCAGCCUUAGCCUACAAAUCUAGUCAACUCCAAAAGGGACAGAAAAAGAAUUCAAAGAAAGAUGCCGAAAUGACAGGUAAUGACUGUACUAUGAUUCCUCUAGGAAAACAAAAUUCGGAAUAUGCUCCCACAGACAAUAUCAAUCCAGUGAAUGAAAAGGUCAGCUGUGUGUGAUAGACUAGUUGCCGUGGCAACAAUGGAAGACACACUGAACAAGUUUUCACCUAUCUGGAAAAAAAGAAGAUAAUAGAGAGGCUGGAAAAAAUUAGGCGGGUCUAGUAAAACCAACAAUAAUAUCUAGAUGCCUCAUUUUAUUCCAUCAGUUAAAAGCAGGGUUAAUGCCACAAAAUGUGCACUUCAAAAAUGUUCUGACAGCAUUUCAAGCUGUAGUUUUAUGAUAUUUAUUUUUAACAUUGUAAAUGAUAUGUCUUUAAAAUAACUAGCUUUUAUUGUUUAAUUAUAAUUAGGCUAUAAAUAAAUCUAAAUUAAUUUCUAUUUUCAAGUGGAAACCUUCCUACUAUGUUGUUAAUUGAUGGCAUAAAUUGGUUACUUGACCGCUGUGAAUAAAAAUAGCUAUGUAUAGUGAAAAGUUUAUUGAAUAUAAUGGCCUCUUACAGAACAAUUGUCUUUAAAGCUUACUAUGAUACAUAUUUGGAACAACAAAAAUAAGCCAUUAAGAACAGUGUUAUGAAGUCGGUAUUGCUAAAAUAAUUAAAUGAAAUAUUUGACAACUUUUCCAUAGAUGCCAUUUUGAAAUAUUCGCAAAGUUGCUGUCAUCUGCUGAAUUUCAGGUUAAUUCUUCUCAGAAGUGAAAAAGAUUUUAAAUGUUAUUUCAUAACUAUUGCUGCUUUCUCUACUACCUGUGCUUUAGUCUGAAUUUAAAAUGUGGUCUUGUUUAGUGUUUGUUCUACUAGCCAUUCUAUCAAAAUGAUAAUUUAACAUUAUCAAAUACAUUUCUAAAAAUUGCUUCUCCUAAAUGGCAUCAUAGAGGUGUUUGGUUACUGCUUCUUAUAACUGCAUCAUGCAUGCUCUCUUACAGCACUGAGUCAUAUUGAUGUAACUCUGUCAGGACUUAGGAAUAAACUCAGGUUUUUGGCUACUGA